ACGUAGUAGAGUGUAAAGUGGUUUAUCGGUGCAAAUGGUUGGGCCAUCUACCCCGGCUACACGCCAUUAGUCACCCGUUCCCCCAUCGUUGGACUUCUUCACCUUCAAAUAAAUUUCCCCUCCUGGCUAAAUCCGAGCCCAUAUCUAUAAUCUUGAGCAGAAAAAUAACUGGGUUACUCUUUAAUCUUGGAACAGAGAUGAAGGUGGUAGUCACGACUCGUAGCGGCAGAGAACUCAUAAAGGGUGGCCUUGAGCUCAGUGAUUCUGCUACUGUGGCUGAUCUGCAGGAAGCAAUAUACAAGCGAACCAAGAAGUACUAUCCCUCUAGACAGCGAUUGACCCUGCCUAUUCCGCCGGGUUCAAAAGAGAAGCCCACUGUCCUUCACUACAAGAAGAGUCUCAAAGAAUACACAGAUGGGAAUGGAGACACACUGACUGUGGUUUUCAAGGAUCUAGGUCCCCAAGUCAAGUACAGCACCCUUUUCUUCUGGGAAUACUUGGGCCCUUUGAUCCUCUAUCCUAUGUUCUAUUACUACCCUGUGUACCAGUUUUUCGGCUACAAAAAGGAGCGUGUCAUCCAUCCUGUCCAGAUGUAUGCCUUGUAUUACUGGUGUUUCCACUACUUUAAACGUAUAAUGGAAACCUUUUUUGUGCACCGUUUCAGCCAUGCUACGUCACCCCUUUCCAAUGUCUUUCGGAACUGUGCUUAUUACUGGAGCUUUGGUGCUUACAUUGCUUAUUAUGUCAACCACCCACUUUACACACCAGUCAGUGAUCUCCAAAUGAAGAUUGGGUUUGUGUUUGGGUUGCUUUGUCAAAUUGCAAAUUUCUAUUGCCAUAUCUUGUUGAGAAAUCUCCGGGGUGCUGAUAGUGGUGGAGGGUACCAAAUUCCACAUGGCUUUUUAUUCAACAUUAUCACGUGUGCAAAUUACACAACCGAGAUUUAUCAGUGGCUAGGCUUCAACAUUGCUACACAGACUGUAGCGGGCUAUAUAUUUAUGGUUGUUGCUGCCUCCAUAAUGACAAACUGGGCUCUCGCGAAGCACCGUCGACUAAAGAAGCUAUUUGAUGGAAAGGAGGGAAGACCAAAAUAUCCCCGACGAUGGGUAAUACUGCCCCCAUUCCUGUAGAUUUACGGGCAAUCAUGCACUUGAUUUCUUGUGGAGUACGAAUUAAGCAGCAUCGUCGAAGUUCGAAAGAGGUCAAUUAUCACAAGAGCUUUAAUAAUGGAUCAGAUUAUCUGUUAGUUUGCUUUCCAUGAAAGGUUGGACAAUGGCAAACCCUGGCAUUGUGCCACUCCUUUGGUGAUAUCUUUUUAGGACUUAUUUAAUAUGUUGAGCAAUAGGAUUUCAAUUUCUUGAAAUUUGGGUCGAUGCAAAGAAAUUCCUGCUGUUGUGAUCUUGAUUAUUAAGUGUUCAGUUACUCGAUAAUACUUGAUCGAUUGCUUGUGCAUUCAGAACUAGUUUGUCAUAAAUCAUCUUUACAUACUGAAUUGUGCAUGAGAUUCUAAAUCUGUGUCUGUGGAAUGGGAAUUCUGAAUAGUUGAUGAUCA